UCUGCAUCGCUUCCCCCUCGACGCCGUGUGAAUCUCUCCCUCUCCCAGUUCCACCCCCCACCGGAUUCCGCUCGCUUCGCUAUCCAUCGCAGCUCGCAGUCCACUGUCCCUCUCCGUCGAGAUGAACCACGACCUCGACCUCCCCGACGAGGACGACGCCCGCGUCAUGAAGGCCGGCGAGGAGAAGGAGAUCGGCAAUCAGGGCCUCAAGAAGAAGCUCGUCAAGGAAGGCGAAGGCUGGGACACUCCUGACGAUGGAGAUGAAGUCGAAGCGUCUGACAACGGGAUUCUCCUUGAUGCUGCUCAACUUUAUUUCGUUCGGGACCGCGGCACUCCUUUCAAGACCACUCGUGGCCAAGAUGCACACAUCAAGAUGAGAGGGGCCGCCAAAUCAACACGUGACAAGCAUGUGACACAGGCAAACCAAGAGACACGUCUACUAAAAAGUAAAAAUGAAGAGUGCGAGCGCCUCAGUAGCCAAGGAAAAACAAGUCCCCUAACCCACACCGGCCGAUCCAUCACCACCCUGUUUGAGAACAAUUGACGUUGCAGAGCUUCCCUGCUUGAGAACAAUUGAAGAAGCUCCUUGCCCGGCAAUUUUUCUCAAUUUUCUCAAAGAAUUUAUGUUUUCUUUUUGUUCUGAAUUGAACCGAGAAAUCAUUGAAAUCUCGUUUCGGCAAGCGUGAGGUUGUAAUUAUGAUCAUGAAUUCCGACAA